AAGAUUAAAUUUGACGGAAUAUUGUGUUGUCUAGCGAUGUGUUAAUACCGUUUUAGUGCGGCAUUUUUUUAACCGAAUGUGUACAAAGUUAAUUUUUUGGAUUACAGUGUUAUUAUUUCCCUCUGUGAUGAUGGGGGGCAAUUGACUUGUGUUUGCUGCCAGAUAUCUAGAUCGAAUGUACUUCUCUGUGGAAGUUCAAGACCGUUGACGUUACUCGCAAGUAACGUUAAUCUUAUCAUCUGAUAGCAAACAGCAUACUUCUAAACCAGCGACAUUAAAAUGUGGAGAUUGAAAACAGUGCAACAUAAAGCCCGACUCCAAAACAAUGGGCUCGAGGAGUUCAAAUUGAAAAGGCGAGAACAAGAGAGAGCACUACGACAAGCCCGGAGAGACCGGCAGCUCGUGAGUAAGCGGCUCCUGCUGCAUGAGGAUGAAGAUGAUGCGUGUGAGGGGGAAGGACCGAUGGAUACGCGCAUCACGACCACUGGCGACCAGAUGGUCGAGCUGCUGCGUGGACUGCAGGCGGGAGGAGAGAAGGCCUCCCAGUUCAGGGAGCUCAGGAGAGCACUCAAAGACACCGACCUCCAGCUUACCUUUAUCCGACUGGAGAACAGCAUGCGUGCGGUGGUGGGUCUGCUCUCUGGACUAGACGCUCAGUGUCGUGUGGAGGCAGGAAAAUGUCUGCACACACUCUCCCACUCCCCUCACACUGAGGUCGGGAUGGCCUGUCUGCCCACCACUCCAUACCUGCUCACCUACCUCUCUGGUCAGAGUGCCAAGUUCACGGAGCUGUGUCUCUAUACUCUGGGAAAUCUGUGUCCUGAGGAUGAGGGCGUUAGAGACAAGCUGUUGGCACAAGGGAUCAUCCCAGCGCUGGCUCAGUGUGUCCAGAAUCACAGUGGUACUCUGGCAGUGCUUGAAGCCGUUGCCUUCACGCUCUCUCAGCUUCUACAGGCCAAAAAUGCUGAGCAGAAGAUUGUACCGUUGGUUUUGACCUCUGGUCUGACCUCUUACCUCAUGGCAGGGUUGAACUCUGAUCCAGAGUAUGGCAUAGGGGCAGCCGUCGAAUGUGCCUGGUGUCUGCACUAUCUGAGCUGCAGUGAGACACACUCCUCCAUGCUGGUGAAUCAGGGUGCUCUGUCACAAUGUAGUUCCCUGCUGGUGACUCUAGGGAGAGCUGUGGCUCGCGGAGAGUCUAAGGAGGGUUUGGAGCUUCUUAUUUGGCCCCUGCUGCGUUGCCUUGGAAACCUGCUCGCCCGAGGUGAUGGGUACGAGGAGGCAGGAGUGCACGUCAGUGAUUGCCGUCUCCUGUCAGCACUAUGCGUGUUUGCCCAAAGCUUCCUGCACACACACCCAGCCCUGGCCAGAGAAGGCCUCUGGGUUCUCAACAACCUCACUGCGGACUCUGCGGUGUGGUGUUCUGCUGUGUUGUGCAGUGGUUUGGUUCCAGUGCUCAUUCAGCUCAUGCCCUUCUCACAGGGGAUCAACAUCAUGGUGCUGAGGACUCUGGGUAAUGUGGCACACAAGGGGACUGCGUUCUGCUUGCAGCUAGUGCAGGCAGGGCUGCUCCCUGCCGUUUGUGCCACACUCAAGAUGGCCGAGGCUGAGGUUGUGACCUUGAGCUUGGAAGUGCUCCAUAUGCUGUUGGCCAGCAGUCCAGAGGUGGCAGAGGAGUUUGUCCAGCUGAAGGGCGUGCCAGUGCUGGAAAUGAUGUUGUUCAACAGUGAAGAGUCCCUCCGUCUGCGAGCGGCCUAUAUCAUAGAUCAGCUGCCUCAGCCAGUUGUUGAUGGGUAGGAUAUUCAAAAGCAUCCACCACGUUCCAGUAAAAAACAUCUUCCUGCAUUCAUCUUCAUUGAAAACCUCAACCCCAUGAGUAACGUUUACAUUAUAAAUUCUAUAAUAUUUAUCAAUGAAAUUCUAAAUAACAUUAUAUGAUGUGCUUUUAAAAUGUUUCAAUAAUGAUAUUCUCUCUGGUGUAUAAAUUAUUAUUUAUCAGUAAUCAUGAACUUGUUAAAGGAACAUCCACAACAAACCUUUAGGUUUUCACAUUGGCUUUGUCAAAAUGAAUUCAUUUUAGAAGACAAACUGCUGUACAUUUUGUAAAUGUUUUAACAAAAAGAAAUGGCUUGUUGUAGCUGUUGUGCUUUUUCAUACCUACUGAUGCAAACAUAGAUCUGACAUCAGCUGAAGAAAAUAUAAACUGAACUGAAAUUAUAUUGAAAACUCUGUGUUUUGUAAUAAACAUCCUGAUCUAAAGAGCA